GCUGCAGCUCGUGGGGCCAUGGCAGGAGCCGAGGGGGAGUAGCCACGGCUGGCGAGGCAGAUCCAUGGAUGGGACACGUGUGGGGCAGGAUGCCAUGAAGAACUGCACUGACCUGGAGUACUGGGACACCCUCGUUUCCCAGUGCAUCCCCUGCAGCCUCGCCUGCAGGCAGUCCCCGGCCAGGAGGUGUGAUGCUGUGUGUGAGUCCAUGGACUGCAACAAGAGACCUGGAUUUUACUACGACGACCUUGUGAAGAACUGCAUCGAGUGCAGCUCGGUGUGCGGGCAGCACCCCAAGGAAUGUGCCCUGUCCUGCGACCGUGAGGUGUCUGAGCUGCCCCUUCUCUCCUGCCCCACAGCCACACCCGCAGGGCCGGCGGCAGGGCUGGAGCAGAAGGCGUGUGCGGAGCAGGAGCCGUGGCUGGUGCUGUACCUGCUGCUGGGGCUCUGCCUCUGCUCCCUCAUCUGCUCCCUGCUCCUGGGCUGGACCCACCUGCGCAGGAAGGGACAGGGGGUCUCCUGCCAGGCCAGCGCUGGGACCUGCCACCGCCGGGAGGACCCUGCCAAAGAUCGGCUGGUGGAAGCUGGCAGCGUUGGUGAUGGAUUCACCAGCAUCAGAAUCCCAGAGCCAGUGGAAACCUGUGGCUUCUGCUUCCCUGGACAUGGCUCUGCGGUACAAGAGACCAAAUCCUGUCACAGCAGCUCCUGUCACCCUGGGGAAAGAGCUGCUCCCUCCUUCUCUGGGAUCUGCAGCACGGGAAGCGCCGGGGCCAUUCCCAGCCCUGACGACGGCCACUUCAAAAUCAUCUGUUCUCCUUCCCAAGAGAAGACACCCAUGGUGUGAGCACAGUGGAUGUUCCAGCACGGGAUCAGAACGGAGGGAUGCUCCCUCUGCCCCCAAAUCAAAGCUGCUUCUCUGUUGCCAGUGACCAGAACAGCCUCUACCCAGCCCAGGCUGUGCCAAGGGCUGUAGGAUACACACGGGAUUGGAGGUUGCACAGAGCUGUUUGCUUCCACUCAGGAAACUGAAUUCCCUUUAUUCCUGAGCACUCCCAGUGAAAGAAGUCACUUCCCAUGUAGCAGCAUCUGACUUCAUCCUCCAGCUUGCCCUGGGUGCAUCCUGGCCAUUGGGGACAUCUCAUGGGGGCUUUUCAUCCUGGUUCCACCACCAGCAUCUCUGCAAAGGACCAGGUGGUGCCCACUGGUCCCCAUGGAGAGCUCACCUCUCCCUGCUUGGAGAUUCCUUCAUGUAUCAGAACAAUUUUCAACACAGCUGUAAAUGUCUCAAAUGUGGAAUUGGAUCCAAGGAUUUACUGGUGAAAUUUCUAAGGAGUCAGUGUGGCCUUUGCCUCAUGACCAGGACACGAUGCUGAACAUGAGGAGCUGGGACAGGCACCAAAAUCCUCAGUGGAAUUUGGUUUAAAUAUGAAAAUUCAUCCAAGGCUGAGAUCUUUCUACAAAACUGGAUUUAUGUAUGUCUGGCCUGGGUUAUUCUGAAGAGCUGGUAAAAGUGAGGAAUCAGCUGGAGAUAAAGCUGUUUUGAGAGAAUAUUUUUUAUCUAACCUGGCUUUGAAAGCUA